GUUUGUCAAUCACUAUUGUCAGUCAGCGGGAGAACUGUGAUAGCGUUAAAUAAUUUCAGGCGAUUAUUUAUAAUUUAAUUAGUGAUUUUCUAAUUUAAAAGAAAUGGUCAUCAUUUUCUAAAAAAAAUUGCAAGAAUGUUUGAGUGGGCUUACAGUGGUGCAAAUAAGGCCGUUCCUAGAAAUGUUGGUCCUGAAUGUGCGUUUUUUUUAUCUCCUCAAAGGCAGAUAAUUGAAACCAUAUUAGUAACUGGUAUUUGCAUUUAUAUUUUAAUCAAAACUUAUCCAAAACUUCAAUUACCAAAAGAAGACAAUUAUAUUAAAAGUGAUAGAGGUGGCAAACGGUUGCUUGUUGUAUUGUUAACCUUCCUAUGGGGAAUGGAAAUUGGUUUCAAGUUUGCAUCUCGUACUGUGAUAUAUUUGUUAAAUCCAUGUCAUGUUACUACAUUAAUACAAAUAUACUUACUUUCUGCACCACCAAGUAAAAUGGUCAACGCACUAUUUCGUAUUCAUCUAAACUUAUUGAAUGGCCCUUUAUUAGCCUUUUUGUUUCCUGAGACAGCUUCCAGAACGAUAUUCACUGAAGCCGCAUUAUAUUGGAUUCAACAUGGAAUGAUGUUUGUUAUUCCUUACUAUCUUCUGAGAAUUGGUGGUGUCUAUAACAUAGAACCAUUUUGGGAUUUCAAUUGGGCCAUAUUUAGCUACAGCUUGAAUUUGUUGUACCAUUUUAUUGUGUUACAAUUUAUAGCUAUUCCUGCCCAAGUUAACUUGAACCAUAUGCUGUGUCCGGCUAUAUUGGACCCGUUUGACGGCCCCUGGUACCGCAUCGCAGCGGUGACGCAUCAGGCGCUGCUUUGUCCACUGCUGUGCAAGGCUUACUGCCUCGCUGCCGAGUUUUGCCUCACGAAAUUCCCACCAACGAAAGUGAAGCCACACAUGAAAGAUUACUUGCAAGACAAACCAAGUGACAAACCAUCAAAACUUGACUAGUAAUAAUUUGUAUUAUUAUACUGUCUCUAUGGCUGUAACCCUCUCAGGGUAGCUAGAAUAUCUAUAUUAAAAUGCCUAUCAUAGUAAAAACAAUAUUUCAUCGCGUCCAUUUAGUUCGAGUGAUUAUUAGAUGUAAGGUAAUAUAAUAUUAUUAGAUUUUAAACUGCGUUUAUAAGGUAUUUAAAAUAAGGUGGUAUUUGUAGCCAUAAUUAUGUAAUAGCAAAACCAUAUUUACAUAAUGCCUUGAUUUUUAGUCAAAUUAUAGAGUCUAUUUCGUAAUGAUAAAUAUCGAUUAAACGGACAAAGUCCUGUUGAAUUUCAUGUAUGGUAUUGCUUCUUUGUUUAGUAUCACUACAUUUGUCAUGCUUGAACCAAAUAUUACUAGUCAAUAUAGAGCCUAACGAGGUGCUCGUGUGCGGUAUCCCAUUGAAUUAGAUGGUUACAUAACGGAUAUGUCGUCGUAAUUUAUAAGUGCAAAAUGAUUAUAAUAAGUCCUAUGUACCCAAUUCAAAUUAAUGUUUGUUCUGAACGCCUAUACACAUUGUAUACCUAAAUAAUUCUAGUUACAUACGAUAGGUAGGUACAGGGUGUGAGGGUAAAUUUUUCAACUCAUACAGUGAAGGAAAUUAAACUUAUUCAAUAAUAUCAUAAUAAUACGUUUUUAAACUGCUGUUUUUUUUCAGUCUUGAUAGGAAUUUAAAAUUAAUUUAUUUUGUGCUAAAAUCUCGAAUUUUUAAUUCCCCCUUACACUCUGUACUUAUAUUAUUUAGGUGGGAACAGUUGACCCGACCAUAAUAUUUUAUGAUAAAAAAAAUUACUAAGUUGAUGGGGAUAAAGUGAUAAAAGGGAUACGGAUGGUAUAUUAAUUUGAAAAGUUAAAGCCACUCGUAGGCACCGGAUCCGGAUCAUUAUAAGUUUCGGCGAGACGCCUGUGCGGUUCUAAUAUUAUGUCAAAAAAUUAUGGGAUCUGUCCUGUAGACAAGUUACAAGACCUGACAGUUUUAAGUAGGCCCCAGCGCAGCGCAGAGUCGCGCGUUAUUUUUGUAUUAAUUACAUACUUCAAAUAAUUAAAACUGUCACGUUUUAGGGGAGCCCAUGUGCACAGUUAUCAUUUUGUCUAAAAUUUCUUACUUUUUACUGCAACUUGUUUUGAAAUAUUAUUAAUUAGCUAAACUUUAUGAUUACUUUAUUAUUAUCCUAGUUUUCACAACCUCGAUAAAAUGUUAUCGAUGAUUUUGGACGAUAAAUGUACCAAGAAGAAUGAAUGGACUAAUCGUCGAAAAUCGAUAAAAUGCAGUAGUUUCGUUUCGCUAUUUGCCGCAAAGUGCCGCGCGUUGACCUCUAUAAACCGUUAACCGAGGCUUAAACCGUUUUUCUGAUUCAGUAAUGUUAAGGGAAUGGAAAUACCUACUUUAAUUUAGGGGUGUUGUUUUAUUAGGGACGGGGAUAUUCCAACAAUAGGUAUAGGUGCAAUAUUGAUGAGGUCGUGUUUUUACCAGCUAUUAUCUGGUUUAGGACAAAACUUUAAGUUUUAGAAUUUGUAUUUGAUCAAUAGACCAAUUUUAACUGAAAAAGUUUUGCUACUCGAAUGAAAUUUAACGUACUAUAAUUAUGUAAACUGCUUGUUACUUUACAACACACUUGUGGUAUUAUUAAAAUAGUUAUUAUAGGUAAAAUUGAAUGUUAUGAUCCCUUAGUAAAUAAAUUACAUUUAGCUUAAUUUUUAUUUACACACGGAAUCUGUCUUAUAACAGACCCAGAAAGUACACGUAAUCAGUAUUAUUUUAAAAUAAU